ACUAGGCUGACCUUUUCACAUCAAGGGACCCAAGUUGGCGCCGAGAGCCAUGGAUGCGCGGAGAAGCCGAGAGCAGCUGCUUGAGAAGCUUCAUGGGAAUGCUGGGAUAGGUACUCCUGUGGCUGGUACGAAUGCUUUGGCCUGCUAUCAGCAGCUCUACGCACUUUACUUUAGCGACCAGGAGUAUUUGGAGGCAGCCACUGUGGCAUACUCUCUCUACUCUGCGCUGGACCGGUCUGUCAGGCACAGCGGUGAGGCCCUGCCUGCCACGAGCUUUGCAGUGGUGCCGGUGUUGGAGCAGCAAAGGGCUGCCCUGUUGAUGCUAAUCAGUGCCUUGACCUUGACCCCUGAGCAGCAGCUGCUGAUGCCUGGACCGACCAAGCCCAGCUUCUGCGCCAUAGAGAGUGACGACCCUGCGGCCUUGCAGAGCUGGUUUCAGGAGGCUGCCGAAUGCACGCGGAGGGCGCAGGUGUCACUGCAUGAGGCCCAGGCCAUGCUGCUGGAGCUUGACGCCAAGUGCCGCUAUGGUUGCAGGAUGGUCAGGCAAUCAAGAGCCUUUAAUGGAGCCAUGACGAUCUCGUCGCUGACACGCGUUGUCAACCAAAAGGAUCCCAGUGGUGCACCAGAAUGAGACAGACCGAUGAAACAGCGAAUUUUCCAGGGCAAAUAGCCAUGAAUUCCAGAUCGUCAUGCUGCUUGAUUGUCAGUAUGAGAUCAUUUUGUUUGGCAAGGCACAGGCAGUGGGUUUUUGAUAACCCCGUGGCAAGGCUUUGUUUGCAUGCCUUCAGGGUUUGGCUCAAGCCCCAUGGC